AUGAUACAACCGACUACGAAGUUCGGGAAACCAAAGAAACACGCCAACUCGAUCGCUAACCUACAAGCCAUCUAUUUGUCUACUAAUGCAACCGAAAAUUGCAAUGCUACGAUAACUCCAAGAUGUUUACGAGAGCUUUACAAAAUGGGAGACUACGUAGCCAAGCCGGACUGCAGAAAUGUCAUUGGGGUCUCAGGCUAUCUGGACCAAUACGCCCGAUAUAGCGACUUUUACAAAUUCCUUGAGCUCUAUGCACCUGAAAUGAAAGGUGCUAACUUUUCUGUGGCACACAUUGGAAACGGCCAAAAUCUACAAAACUCCACCAGAAACAGCAUUGAAGCAAGCCUAGACAUUGAGUAUGCUCUUGGUCUAUCGAAUGCAUCAGCAGUGUUUUAUACAACUAGUGGUAGAGGCCCCCUUGUUCCGGAUCUUGAUCAACCUGAACAAGAACAUAAUUCAAACGAACCAUACUUGGAUCAAUUGCAUUACCUUCUAAGUUUACCUCAGGAAGCACUUCCUGCAGUCCUCUCAACAUCCUACGGAGAAAAUGAACAGAGCGUACCUGAAAGAUUUUCCCAUGCAACUUGCAACCUAUUUGCUCAACUAGGGGCCCGAGGCGUCUCGGUUAUUUUCAGUAGCGGAGAUAGUGGUGUCGGCUCAUCUUGCUUAACAAAUGAUAAAAAGAAGAUUACCCGCUUCAAUCCUACUUUCCCAGCCAGCUGUCCAUUUGUCACUUCUGUUGGCGCAACUUUUAAAAUCAACCCUGAGCGAGCUACUGGGUUCUCAUCCGGUGGAUUUUCAGAUCGCCAUUCUCGUCCAGGAUACCAAAAUGAUGCUGUUCAGCAUUAUUUGGAUAAACUUGGAGAUCGGUGGAAAGGGCUCUAUAAUCCUAAAGGGCGUGGAAUUCCCGAUGUCUCAGCCCAAGGGGCCAAUUUUGCGAUCUAUGACCACGGAAAAGUGAUCAUUGUCUCUGGAACAAGGUUAGAUGUCCAUCCUCAGUUCCAGAAAUACUUUCGGGUGUAA